AUGGGUCUUUGUCAAUCCCAUGAAGAUGAUGUCAUCGAUGCAGAUGAUGGUUUUGAAGGACUUCAAUCGAGCUCAGAGAUUGCGCGAAGGCUUAGGCACGUCUUGGACUUGGCCCAUCGGGUGUUGGACGAAGAUUCCUUGCCCUUUAUCGAUCUGAUUCGAGUGGUGCGGCGGAUUAGUCGCGUUUCCAAGGCCAUGCGAUUGGCAAAUCCUGAAGUCAUCACCCAGGAGUGCCUCCAAGAUGGCUGUAAGCCCUUGAGCAGCGCUGAGGAAGCGAGGCAGUUGGCAAGCUAUGUCUACCAUGCGCAGUUGGUCUAUGAAAGUGAUACGGAUGUGGUACGGCACCGGUUGACGACUUGUGGGAUGAUGCUCAUCCAGCACAACAAGGAGAACAACACGGGCCGCGUGGCCAACUAUUUUGCCAUCGAUCCCAGGCGGGCGCCGCGCGUCGCGCAACGCGGCCCAGGGUGCUGA